UAUCACACACCGUACCGCCGGAAAUAAGGAAGAAGACGAAGAAGAACAUUAGGAGGUUUUGUAAAUUCGUGUCAGCGAAGGGCCUAGACAAAAAGUGAAACACAAAACAAUAAAGACAUACUAUCACAAUGCUUCCACUAUCUCUGCUUAAGACUGCCCAGAACCAUCCUAUGCUGGUGGAGCUGAAAAAUGGAGAGACAUAUAAUGGUCACCUGGUCAGCUGUGACAACUGGAUGAACAUCAACCUGAGAGAAGUCAUCUGCACCUCGAGGGAUGGAGAUAAGUUCUGGAGGAUGCCUGAGUGCUACAUCAGAGGAAGUACCAUCAAGUACCUGCGAAUCCCCGAUGAGAUCAUCGACAUGGUGAAGGAGGAGGUGGUGUCGAAGGGCCGCGGACGUGGAGGCCCCCAGCAGAACAAACAGCAGGGCAAAGGAAGAGGAGGAGGAGUCGGCCGAGGUCUGUUUGGCGGUCGUGGCAGAGGGAUGUCUGGGCCGGGCCGAGGCCAGCAGCAGCAGCUGCAGCUGCAGCAGGAUAAGAAACCAGGCAAACCACAGGGCAUGAAGAACCAGCACUGAGUGAACAUUACACCUUCAACAUCCUAUAAUCUGAGUGAUUUCUCCUUCAGUACAUGAAGUUAAAUGUAACUCCAAUGUUUCCUUCUGCUGUGAUGUUUGCCUGGACGGAGCACUGCAGAAAUCACACUGAGACGUUAAGAGAAGCUGUGCGUUUGCACUGAAUUUAGUUUUUUAGUAUCUGCAAGUUGGUGUAACAUUUUCUUUUAGUAUGAUCAUAUACCAGUGUAUCAGUAAGAGCUGACUGCUUUAGUAUCGUCCUUGUGUCAUUACAACUUUGCAAAAACCUUUUGUGUCAUCAAUCACAUUGUGUUAUCUAAAAUCAGUUUUCCUUCAGUUGUUACACUGGUAGAGGCUUUUAGUUGUCGUUUUGUCAACUUGUCUCCUCAGGUGUAAUUCUCAUGGCAAACAAACGGCCCAACCCCAACUUCUGUUGCACAAAUUCCUUUUUUAACUUGCUCUUUACUCUUGUGUUGUUUGUGAUGUUCUGUGGUUUGUCUGCGCCUAUGGUCCGAUCACAACAGGUGGGUCAAUAGACGGGGAGAGGUAUUCAGUCCCUGAGAAGUCAAACUUUUGUUAAAGCAUGUGUCAGACACAUUAUGAUCGUCCGAUUUCCAGAUUCACGUUUUUUUUGUCUGAAAUGCAUAAGUUUGGUUCAUGUUGGUUGGGUUUCAUUUUAUUUUUGUAACAAAAAAUAAUGUAAUUUAUUUACAUGAGAAUAAAACAACUUUUGUUAGGCA